AGCCCGGACGGCUCCGUCUCAUCACGUAUCUUGAGUUAAGCGUGCUCGGUUGCGACAUGACCAGAGCCUCGCAGACCUGGUCAUUCAAAUAUGGAGCAGUUUAAAGCAAUCAUUUCGGUGCUUUGGAUAUUAUUGCUCAACAGAAACGAGGAGUGCAGUGCAGAGGAAGUUGUCUUGCUGAAUUCUAAGGAGUCCCAGGCAGAGCUGGGUUGGACCUCAUAUCCUUCUAAUGGGUGGGAGGAAAUCAGCGGUGUCGAUGAGAAAUACAAGCCCAUUCGCACAUAUCAAGUAUGCAACGUGAUGGAGCCCAGUCAGAACAACUGGCUCCAGACGGGUUGGAUAUUGCGGCAGGGCGGCCAGCGCAUCUUCAUCGAGCUGCAGUUCACUCUGCGAGACUGCAACAGCAUCCCAGGCGUGUCCGGGAGCUGUAAAGAGACCUUCAACCUCCUCUACGCCGAGUCCGACUGGGACCUGGGCCGCAUCACCCGCGAAGACCGCUACAGCAAAAUCGACACCAUUGCGGCAGAUGAAAGUUUCACGCAGGGUGAUUUGGGAGAACGAAAGAUGAAACUUAACACCGAAGUCCGUGAGAUAGGACAUCUCAACCGCAAAGGAUUCCAUCUGGCCUUCCAGGAUGUGGGCGCAUGUGUCGCGCUGGUUUCCGUGAGAGUGUACUACAAACGUUGUUUAUCAACGGUGCAGAAUUUAGCAGUGUUCCCGGAUACAGUAGCUGAAGCUGCUUUCUCGACUUUGGUGGAGGUGAGAGGGUCGUGCGUGAAUAACUCUGAGGUGGACACAGACAGUCCUCCCAGAAUGCAUUGCAGUGCUGAAGGAGAAUGGCUGGUGCCCAUCGGGAAAUGCAGCUGCAGCGCUGGGUAUGAGGAGGGACACAGCAGCUGUGAGGUCUGUCCCCCGGGCACCUAUAAGAUGUCGUCACGGCAGCAAGAGUGUUUCUCGUGUCCAGCUAACAGCAAGGCUGAAGAAGAGGGCUCUGUGCUGUGUGUGUGCGAAGAUGACCACUUCAGAACUCCACUGGACCCUCCAUCCGCACCCUGCACAUGCCCUCCCUCUCCACCUCGUGAUCUGGUCUACACCCUCAAACAGUCCACGCUCAUUCUGGAGUGGGCCGCUCCAAAUGACUCAGGCGGCCGAGGGGAUCUCACCUACAGCAUAGGCUGCCGGCGAUGUGUCGGCCCCCCGCGGGCCCCGCAGGUGCAGUGUGAAUCCUGCGGAGCCAGCGUGGGAUUCGUACCACAGCAGAGCGGCCUGACGGAGCGCACAGUCACCGUCGUGAACCUGCUGCCCAACACCAACUACUCCUUCAGCGUGGAGGCCCGGAAUGGCGUCUCUGAGUUACUCCCCAACAAAAGGUUCUACACGCAGGUCAACAUCUCCACCAGCCUUCCAGCGCCUUCCCAGGUUAACGAGCUGCGAGCGGAGAAGGUUGAGCAGCGCAGUGUGACUCUGGCUUGGAGGGAACCCGUCGUGUAUCCCAACAGCAGCCGCACUGAAUAUGAGAUUAAAUACUAUGAAAAGGACCAGAAAUAUCAGAGCUAUUCCACAGUAAAGACGGCCGCCACCAGAAUUAGCGUCAACAAUCUGAAACCAGGCACCACCUACGUCUUCCUCAUCCGCACCUGCUCCAGCCCAGCACUUUCAUCUCUUUCCUCCUCUCCUCUUUCUUCUUCUUCUUCCUCCUCCUCCUCCUCCUCCUCUUUGUCUCAAUCUUCGCCGUCUGCUUCCUCUUCCUCUUCCAGCCCUGUGGCAGCUGUGUCGCCUCCUACGCUUGACUACGGGGCGUACAGCGCACCGCUGGAGCUGCAGACGCUGGUGGAACUGGCCCUGGCCUCUAGUGAACAGAGUCCUGUGGUGAUCAUCGUUGUGGUUUCGGUGGCUGCUCUCAUCAUGUUACUUACUCUUGGAGUUGGAUUGCUCAUCUGGAGAAGACAGUGUGGCUACAGUAAAGCCAGCCAGGAGGGGGAUGAGGAACUCUACUUCCAGUUUAAAAUCCCAACCCGAAGGACCUACAUUGACCCAGAAACAUGUGAAGAUCUGCUCCAGACUGUUCAUGCCUUUGCCAAAGAGCUGGACAUAUCUAGUAUCAAGAUCGAGAGGAUAGUCCAUACAGGAGACUUUGGCGAGGUGUGUCGAGGUUGCCUAAAGCUUCCCAGCAAACGAGAGUUGCCUGUGGCCAUAAAGACCCUUCGUGCAGGCUGCUCGGAAAAACAGAGACGCUCAUUCCUCAGCGAGGCAGGAAUUCUGGGACAGUUUGAUCAUGCCAACAUUGUGCGUCUGGAGGGAGUCAUCACCAGAGGCAACACUAUGAUGAUUGUGGUGGAGAGCAUGGCCAACGGAGCCCUGGACUCUUUCCUGCGGAAACACGAAGGUCAGUUGACUGUUCUUCAGCUGGUGGAUUUGCUGAGUGGAGUGGCGUCUGGGAUGAAGUAUCUGACAGAGAUGGGUUUUAUCCAUCGCCAUCUGGCUGCUCACAAAGUCUUGGUGAACAGCAGCCUGGUCUGCAAAGUGUCAGGCUUCAGACCUCUUCAGGAUGACAAAAUAGAGGCAGUCUACAGCACACUACACGGAGGGAAGAGUUUGGUGUUGUGGACGGCCCCAGAGGCCAUUCAGUACCAUCGUUACAGCUCCGCUUCUGAUGUAUGGAGCUUCGGUAUCGUCAUGUGGGAAGUCGUGUCCUUCGGGGAGAGACCGUACUGGGACAUGGGCAACCAAGAUGUAAUAAAAGCUAUAGAGGAUGGGUUCCGGUUACCUGCUCCCGUGAACUGCCCGCCGUCUCUGCACCAGCUCAUGCUGGAUUGCUGGCAGAAGGAGAGGACAGAGAGACCCACCUUCACCCAGAUCCACAGCGCUCUCAGCAAGACCAUGAGGAGCCCGGACAACAUCGGGUCCUCCACCCUGGGACGCAGGACUCUGGGCUCAUCUGUAUCACUAGCAGAACGAACACUUCCUUCCUUCCCUUCGUUUAGUUCAGUUGGUGAGUGGUUAGAGGCUGUAGACAUGGGCCGCUACAAAGACAACUUCACUGCUGCUGGAUAUUGUUACCUGGAGUCAGUGGCUCGCAUGACAGUUCAGGAUGUGUUGAGUCUCGGCAUCACCUCUCUGGAGCACCAGAAACAGAUCCUGUCUGCCAUACAGACUCUCAGAGCGCAGGUUAUCCAGAUGCACGGCCGCGGAGUGCAAGUCUGACAGACCCACAGCAGUGUGUCGACUCGCUGAGAAAAGACAUAUGGACGUCUGUUCUCGUAAUUACCCAGCAGGCCAUUCAGCGGUCAGGAGGUGAUAACCAAGUCACUGCAAAUGUUAGUUUUCUUCCUAAUCUUUGCUCUUUCAUUCUUUUAGUGAACACUGGUUCUUUUCUUCCACAAACAAGUUCUUAUUUUCUGAGGGGGACAAUGUCACAAGAAAGAAAAUUCCUCUAGAAUAACCUGCGUGCUGAUUUUGGCCUGCUUUUGACAUGAGCUCUAUCCCUUUUAGUAGGACCUUAAGGUGGUCGAGACCCUCCGUCACUGUCCCAGAGAAGGGCGGUUUGACUCUGACCAAUCUCAGAGCAAUCAAAAGGGUGAUAUGUAUUCCUGUUUUCUUUAUCCAAGCAAAACAACUCAUGCUUUGUAGCCACUGAUCCUCCUUGUUAAGUGGACUAAACCAAGUGCAUGUCAUCCAUGACCAUUUGCUCCUCAGACUAGGUGAACAUCUUCAGGAAAUAAGUUGAGUUCUGAUGUAAGGAAUCUUAAAUAAUAUGUAAAUCCCUUUCUCUGUGUAUUCUUAAUUUGGUUACUGUCUACUUUUUUUCUUUUUGCUUUCUUUCCUCCACACUUUAAACUCAUUUCUGAAUUUCCGAGUUUAAAUUAGUAUUGUCGGACAUCUGUACUCAUAAUGUUCUUUUCUCGUUCUGUCUACUAUAGGGACAAUGUUUGCACUGCACACUCUUAAAAAUAAAGGUGCUUCAAAAGGUUCUUCAAGCG